CGAUGAUAAAUAUCAUUUUGCCCUUUGCUGAAUGAAUGUUCCAUUGAGUAUCUGGGUUCAGUGACAAAAAAUAAUCAUGGUUAUUUUUACCGGCUACCCUGUAUUGACGACAUUGUGAUUCACACGCAAACUACGUGCAGCAAGGAAUAUGACUCGAUUUAAAAAGCCAUGUAUGUUAAUCAUGGUAGGCUUUAGCCUUGGUUGGAUAUUAACGUACAUAUUUUACAAAAACGCACUGGAUAUGGCGAAUAAUACGAUUUCGAAGUUACAACUGAUGCACAAUACUUCCGUUUAUACUACUUUCAAAAGAAAUGUGCCAGCAAUAAGUCAUCAGCCUAAAAACCAAUUGAUUGUGAGUGCUGUUUCAACCACCAAACGCAGUAUUGGACUAUUUGGUGACAAGGAAUCGGGAAUAGUGUACAGUAGAAGUCAAACAAAAUGGGAGGUCCAAUCAAGUUUGUGUAAAAGGAACACUAGUGGUUUUUAUCGAGCAACACUGCGAAUCGCCCAUGGCUCGACUCCAAUAUAUAUUUAUGAUCCAAAAAUUGAUAAAUGGGUGAGUGGUAGUGUAGUAAAAUAUGGCAGCUGGGAAGGAAAUCAUAUAAAUUUAAUUAUAGAUUUGUUAAAACGGGACCCAGAAAUCCAGUUUGUAGACAUUGGUGCCAAUGUGGGCGUGUUCACUCUCGCGGUGGCGCUUUCCGGAAGACGUGUGAUAGCGGUGGACGCACUCGACAUGAACAUACAGAGAUUGUGUUCUUCUGUGAUGGAAGGUAAUUUCAGUAGUAGGGUGAAACUUGUAUACAACGCCCUUUCGGAUGUGCACGAAACAGUUUCACUUGGAAAAGAUAAAAACAAUGUUGGAGGUACAUUUGUGGCAAAGAAUAAAAAUGCAAAUAAAGUGAGAGGCAGUCAAGUAGAUGGAAACUAUGGUACUGUUCGGGCAAUAAAAUUGGAUGAUAUUUUAUCUGUGCCUCAUUUUGACUUUAAAAAAGUUAUAAUUAAAAUUGACGUUGAGGGCUAUGAAAAUAAAGUUUUUAAAGGAGGUGAAGUUUUUUUUGAUAAAGUGGAUGUACAGGCAAUAUUAAUGGAGUGGCUUUGGCUCAAAACAGGAAGUGCUGGUGAAGAAAUUAUAAACUUUAUGUUAAAGAAAAACAUGGAACCUCACAUACCUAAUCAGAUGCCAUCACCACUUAAGAUUCAAGACCGCUCGAAAUGGCCCAAUGAUAUAUUAUGGAGAAAAAAGACAAAUAAAAAAUUUCUUUAA